AGAAACGGUACCACAUGGAUGCACUCUUCGAGCAACUCUCUGCCGUCGCGGACAUGGCUCUCCACGGCCGGGGCUUCGACCCGGCGCGGCUUGCCGGCGUCCUUGCGCUCUUCGAGGGCGAGGCGCACGCCUCAUGGGCGGCAGCCGAGACGGAGCACGAGGCGGUGGCCCGGGGCACCGAGGCGGCCGUGGAGACCGCUCAGGGCCACCUGAACGCCGUCAUGGGCGCGGCCGUCGGCAAGUACCGCGGCUCGUCCGGCGAGGCCGACGCGCUGUCCGCGGCCAUGGCGGCCAUGGAUAUGGCCUUCGAGGCGACGUCCGGGACACGCCCCUCGUGAGAUCGAGCGGGAAAGAUCUGUGCGCGCACGCACCGCAAGAUCGAUCGGUACACUCCCAUGAGCAUGUAUGUACUCCUAUGUGCCUGGCUGCAUGGCUGGGCUAUGAGACUAUGACUAUGAUGAUGUACUAUACUCGUAUGGACACCAGAGCUAGUGAGCAGAGCA